AUGAACACUCAGCAACAGCAGCAGCAACAGCUGCUGCAGCAGCAGCAGCAACAGCAGCAGCAAAUCAAUGAAGAAGAGCCCCAGAUUACUCUCAGCCCUUGGCUGCAGCCUCAAGACCCAUCGUGGGCAGCAGCAGAAUCGACUGCUUCUGCUGCUGCUGCUGCUGCUGCUGUACAUCCUGCUGCUGGGGAAUUAGCAGCAGCAACAGCAACAGCAGCAACAGCAGCAGCAGCAGCAAGUACAGGCCUGCAAACUCAGAGUUGGUGGGGGGCCCCUGAAGAUGGGGCCCCCGACGCCGAGGCGGAUGACUGGGUACCGCAGGGGGGCCCCUCUGAAGGCAUCUUCUCCUUUCUUACCCCUCAGACGCAGCAGCAGCAGCAGCAGCAGCAGCAGCAGCAGCAAAGCCAGCCACCUCCUACGUAUGCACUCACCAGCACCGUUAGCAGCAGCAGCAGUAGUAGCAGCAGCAGCAGCAGCAGCAGCAGCAGCAGACUGAGUCACUUGGAGGAGAAGGCGGUGGAACACUUUGCAGUUUUGUGCAGCAUUGAGUUGGUGCUGCAGCAGCAGCGGCAGCAAAUAUAUGAGCAGCUGCAGCAGCAGCAGCAGCAGCAGCGGCGGCUGCGGCGGCAGAAGGAGCUGCAGCAGCAGAUGCGGGAGAGCAGCCGGAGCAGCAGCAAACGAGCUGCAGCAGCAGGUGCUGCUGCUGCUGCAGCGCGCCCCACAGCAGACCCUUUAUUGAACGUAGAAGGGAGGCCUCUUCCUAGCAACAGAGACGCGUUGCUGCUGUGGCAGCAGCAGCAGCAGCAGCAGGUGCAGCACUGCCCCAGCGGCAAGCCUAGGGUUUCUUCUAUGCUUGGAGGUGAAGCACUGAAGUGCUUCCUUUGGGGGGGACCUGCAGCAGCAGCAGCAGCAAACCGCGCUCCUGCUGCAGCAGGAGCCAGGACUCUUGCUGCUCCUGCUGCUCUGCUCGCCAGGCAGCUCCAUCUACACCGCGCUAGAAAGAGAAGCAGCAGCAGCAGCAGCAGCAGCAAACUGCUGCAGCAAGCCUCUCCCUUGGACAGUUUUGCUCAGUCGUUUGAGGGGGAGGAGACAGCAGGAGACAGAGACGCAGCAAAUACUCAAGCCCUGCUUCUGUCUCUAUUUAAGCAGCAGCUGAAGAUACACCUGGAGGAGCUGCACAUCUCCCCCCAAGCUGUGGCUGCGACUUUUCACGCUGCUCGUUGGCCCCCCCACUCGCUUGCUGAUCUUCAAGGGACGCAGCAGCAGCAGCAGCAGCAGCAGCAGCAACUCGCGCUGUACUCGCGGCACCAGCUGCAGCAGCAGCAGCAGGAAGAUGAUGAGUGCACACUGCACCCCGCAAGACUGCUGCAAGGAAUUCGGUGGCUGCUGCAUGCAGCGGGGCAGGGAGCCAAUGCUGCCGAACUGCAGCAGCAGCAGCAGCAGCAGCAGCAGCAGAGAAAGGUGCUUACGCUUGCUUCGCUGCUGCGGCGUGUAAGUACUGCUGUUGCAGCUGCAGCGCCGCCCUCUCUCGGGCUGUCUCCUGCUGAGUGUCUCCUCCGGUUUAUGAAUACAACUCCGAGCGAAGCAGCACUACACCGCAUGCAGCAGCAGCAGCAGCAGCAGCAGCAGCUUGUGCUGCUGCAGCAGCAACAGGGCAUUCAGGGGGGCCAGCAGGUGCAGCAGCAGCUUCAACUGCAGCAGCUGCAGCGCACAGCAGGCAGUGUCGCUGCUUUGAGCUACCCAAGGACAACAGAUCGCCUGAGCCUGCAGCAGCAGCGGCAGCAGCAGCAGCAGCAGCAAGGCAGUGCGACAGAUUUGGCUGCGCUGCAGCUGCAGCAUGCGCGUGCAGCAAUUGAACGUUGCUGCAGCAGCAACAGCAGCAGCAGCAGUGGCCUUGCACUGAGAGGAGGGGCCCAGGGGGGCAAGAGUACAGCCAACAGAGGAGCAGCAGCAACUGCAGCAGCAGCAGCUGCUGCUGCUGUGGGGUGUGGGGUUGAUUUCCUAUCCAUGGCGGCGUACAGCGACGUGCCGAUGCCUCCGUUUGUGAUAUUUCAGGUGUAUGUGCAGCUGCAGCAGCAGCAACAGCAGCAGCUGCUGCGGCGGGAGUGGAGUGCAGCAGAAGACGAGCUGCUGCUUGCUGCUGUUGCUGCUGUUCAGGAUACACCUCGUGGCAGCAGCAGAUGGAUGCGAGUAGCAGCAAAAGUCCCUGGCCGCAACAACAACCAGUGUAGAGCUCGCUUCAAAUAUCUCCAGGUGGAGACGAAGCGUCACGGUGUAUUUACAGCAAUUGAAGACAUGCAGCUGCAGCUGCUGCCUUCAGCUUAUGGACGCACCUCUUUUAACAAAGCAGCAGCACAUCUGCGAGGCAGGACAGAGAUGAAGUGCAGAGAAAGGUACCAGCACUGCUUAAGUCCCUCAAACUGUGCGCAGCACUUCGCCUUUAUGGAGGCGCAGGCAGAGACAAUGCGUGCUGCUUUGCUGCUGUUUGUCUCCUGGAGCAGCAGCAGCAACAGCAGCAGCAGUGGCGGAGACAACAACAGCAGCAGCAGCAACAACAGCAGCAACAAUGUACAGGUCUGGGUGCAGCAGCAUCUGCUGCAGCUGUACGCAACACUCCGUAGGGGUCUCUCUGCCUCUUCCUGGCCUUCGCUUUCACUUGAGCUGUCUCCUCAGCAAGCGCAGCAGCAACACGCGCUGCUGCUGCAGCAGCCCCCGCUGCUGCUGCUGGAUACAGGGCCUCGUCUCUGUCCCCUUUCGGGGCCAAGCAGGGCUGCAUGCGCAGCAAACUUGGCGUUGUUUUCCCUUCACUUGGAAGAUCUGCAGCAUGCGUCUGCAGCAGCAGCAGCACCACCACCAGCUGCUGCUGCUGCUGCUGCUACUGCUGGUAAUGUGCUGGGUCCUGGUGAAGCAGAAGCCGCCUGCAGGUUUUUGCUGCAGCAGCUGGAGCGUGUGUUUUGUCUGUCUCGACUAGAUUAUGCUGCAUACAUAUCUCAGCUGGAAGCCUUAAGAGCGCUUCCUGCUGCAGCAGCAAACUAUGAAGGGGGCCCCCCAGAGGCCCUUCAUCCGGGGCCCCUACCCUUCUGGGGGUCCCCACAAGACCCUGUUCCCUGUCUUACUCGUCUUUUGCUGCUGUACAGACACCGCAAUAAGGCGAGGGGCCCCCUGCUGCAGCUGCCCUGGAUUGCUGCUGCAGGCCGUGGGGUAGGGGGGCCCCCAGGGGGCCCCCUAAAGGAGACACACAAACAGGUGAAGGGACAGUGGAGGAGACAACGCGCGCAGAUGCCAGCACCGCUGCUCAGUGCACAGUAUCGUAGCAGUGCUGCUGCUGCUGCGCUGCUGCAGCAACCCCCUGCAGCAGCAAACUAUCCGGGGGACCCACAACACGCUGCUGCUGCUGCAGCAGAAGACGAAGCUGCAGUCGCUCUCUCCCCAGCCACUUGGGGGACAGCAGCGGAUGCACUUCGUUCCGCAACUGCAGCAGCAGUCCCCUCAUCUGCUGCAGCUGAAGCAGCAGCAGCAGCAGCAACAGCAACAGGAGGAGGAGGAGGAUCAGCAGCAACAACAACGGGAGCAGCAGCAGAAGGGUCGGAGACAAGGAGGGGGGGGCCCCCUGGGGGCCCCCCGGUGCUGUCUGUAAGCAGUGCUAUGCAGACUGAGGUGUCUCCGCAGGAGACAGGCGUGCAGGUGCCUGUACACCGCAGAGGUGUCUCCUCUAGGCAGCAGGUGAGAAGAGGCCGGGGGAGACCCCCGGGGAGGCGAGGGAGAUGCAGCAGCAUGCAGGCAGCUAAAGGAGACAAAUUGAUAUCUGCUGCAGACAAAGGGGGAGAAGGAGACACCCGGAGAGACAGCAGCAGCAACAGCAGCAACAGCAGCAACAGCAGCAGCAGCAGCGACGAAUGGGUAUUAACUCGUCGCUACACAAAGAAAAGAAAAAAGACAGGGGGGGCCCCUGCAAGGGGCCCUGGAAGACCGAGAAAAGUCAGGACACCGCAUGCACAGAAACAAGCUGCCUAUACACCCCAAAAGGAGACACUGCAGGAGACAGUAGCUGCAUGUACACCCCAAAAGGAGACACCGCCAGUGCAAGUAAUCGUAUCAAACACCGAAGACCCCACUGCAUCAAGAGACACUCGUACUUCUCCUCGCAACAAUCCGCAGCAACCGCAUGCAGCUGCUGCUGCUGCUGCAACUCCAGCAACUACAGCAGCUGAUGCGCCUUCAGCUGCUGCUGCUGGUGCACCAGAAGCAGCAGCAGCAGCAGCUGAGACGGAGAUAGCUGAUGGAGGUGCUAAUGCAGCAGCUGUCGCAGGGAGGGAUUUACUGGCGGGCGAAGUAGAGACCGCAGCAGCAGGUACAGCAGCAGCAGGUACAGCAGCAGCAGCAGCAGCAGCAGGUACAACAGCAGCAGCAGCAGCAGAAGCAGCAGCAGCUGAGGUAGCAGCAACGGCAUCGGAUGCUGAUGUUUUUCCUGAUCUGUUUGAAGUGGAGACAGCAGAAAAGGAGACUGGGGCAGACCCCAAGGAGACACCGCAGGUGCUGCAGCUAGCUGCAAAUAUGUGCAGCAGCAGCAGCAACAGCAGCAGCAACAGCAGCAAUCCUGGCUAA